CAGACAGAGAGGAGAGAGAGAGGACGAGCGAGAGAGAGGAGGGACGAACGAGAGGAGAGAGAGAGAGGGAGAGAGAAAACGCCGGGACGGAAAUAAAAUAAAGAAGAAGAAGACUGAUGGUGUCGUCUGACGGAGGGACUGACGGAGGGACAAGAGACACCGAGACAGACCGACAGACAGAGAGAGAGAGAGAGACGGGCAGGAGGAGGCUUUAACAUCUGUCAUCUGGGCCUGUGUGUGUGUGUGUGUGUGUGUGUGUGUGUGUGUGUGUGUGUGUGUGUGAGUGUGUGUGUGUGAGUGGGCGAUCAGCUGAUUGGACCACACAUGUUGGAGGGCGGAGCCAUGAUGGGCAAGGAUUACAUGUUGGCCAUCCUCAUCGUCAACUACGACGACAACAUCUGGACAGACCAGAACCUGCUGCUGGAUCCAGACCUUCCCUCCGGCUGGAGAACCAUCAAAGACUCAACAGGAACCUACUACUGGCACGUUCCCACCGGCGCCACCCAGUGGCAACACCCCCGCCUCAGCGGGACGCCACAGCUGCUCGACACCCAGCAGGAGGAGGCUGGACAGCCGAGCUCCAACAGAGAGACAGACGGCCCACCUGAGGCCAGGUCUUCGUGGCAUGAAGAUUAUCUCACCAACCACGACCCAAACUCCAAGUGUUUUGCUGUGCGGUCUCUGGGCUGGCUGGAGGUGGAGGAGGAGGACCUGUCUCCCGGCCGCAGCAGUCUCGCUGUCAGUAAUGUGAUCCAGCAGCUGUCUCACUGCUGCAGCCCUGAGCAGAGAGACAGACAAGGGGCCUGGGGGGAGGGUCGGGAGAUGAUGCUGGUUCUGAAGAAAGACACUCUGACCCUGUUGGACCCUUUAGACCACACCCCCCUGCACUGUCAGCCAAUCAUCAACAUCCGUGUCUGGGGGGUGGGCUGCAACAACGGCAGGGACAGGGACUUUGCCUUCGUGGCGGGCGAUAAGGAUAGCUGUGUGCUGAAGUGUCACGUGUUUCGCUGUGACGCUCCGGCCAAAGCCAUUGCCACGGCGCUGCAUGAGAUGUGCUCCAAGAUGAUGUCAGAGAAGACGUUGAUGAGGCCGUCUCGCUCUCUGACAAUGGACAGCAUCUCACCUGAAGACCUGCCCAGACAAGUGGAGUUUCUGGAGGCGAUGCGGCAGCAGGUCCAGAAGUUUGAGGUCCAGUACAUCGGUAACCUGCCGGUGUCCAGAGCGAUGGGGAUGGAGGUGUUGAACAGAGCGAUAGAAAGCAUCAUGAACUCUACAGACAGAGACGAGUGGGAGCCGGCCGUCAUCCACGUCACUGAUAACGUCCUGUCUCUGUGGAAGGGAGAGGAAGGGGAAGAGCCCUUCUGGGAGUGUCAGGUACGUUUCCUCACCUUUCUGGGCGUCGGCCACGACAGCCACACUUUCGCUGUGAUCGUAGAUGGCGGCACGCAGCGAUUUGAGUGUCACGUGUUCUGGUGUGAACCGGAUGCAGGAAUCCUCUCGGAGGCGGUCCAGGCUGCAUGUAUGGUUCAGUAUCAGAAGUGUCUGGUAGCUCAGACUCCUCCUCCGAGGACCAAGUCGUGGCGUGCGACCCCAUCAAAGAUCAAACGGGCGAACUCCAUGGACAGCGCCGCCUUCCCGCCUCUCACAUCCCGUCACCAUGGCAGCAGCAGUGGCAGCAUGAUGAUGCCGAGGAUAACCAAGGGCAACGGCAGCAGCAGCAAUGUGAGGAAGGGGAUGAUGGCGUUCUUCGAAACUUUCCGGAACAAACAGGCCGCCACCUCCUAAUGACGGGGGUGGGACCAUCAGAGACAGAUGACAGCAGAGACCGCCAAUCCUCCAGGACUCAAAUGUGUUCGCCAAGACCACGAUGGUGUCUCCAGGCCAACGUCUGAUUGGCUGAACUCAUGUGCGCAUGGCUCUGGUGGUCCAACUGGCUGAUUCUGCCACCUUCACAUCACCAGCGACGCCCCGGAGACCGCAGUCGCCUCGCCUCCUGUUUAUUGGACCAGUAAUAUACCUGUUCGAACUCAUGAUGUUCGUCUCACCUGUUGCUGAAGCUGCGACACCACUGGUUAUCUUAGCGACGAUGUUGCUAGCUACCUGACUGCAGGUUUAACAACAUGAAUGGACCGAACAGGCUGUGAAAGACCAGACCAGCAACAAUGAAUAACUACUGGACUGCAAACAAGUCGCACAUGAAAGAUUCGAAGAAGACCGAUCAGGGACACGUCCAACAACGCCUCCUCACCACCAACAGACCUAUGGAGGAUCAUUUUACCCAAAACUAAAGGAGAAAACUGAAAAUUAACAGAAAAAGUGGCAUAUAAACUAUUAUUAUAUUAUACUUCUCAGGAUAAUCGGGUCAUAAUUAAAUGUUAAAAAGAAAAAGAAGAUAUUGAAAUGACAAAAUGAGAUUGUGAAAUGGUCUUUUGAGUUUAUCGUUUGAGGAUAGCCGACUAAACUUUAAUUAGCAAAUAACUUAAUACUAAUACUACUACUACUAAUAAUAAUCAACCCUUUAACGUGAUACUUUCCCAAACCUUCACUGUGAUGUGACGAUGAGGAUUCAGGAGGUUUCGUGUCUGAACCUCUGACCCUGAUUUCCCCUUAAAUUUCUCCCUAAAAAGACUGAAACGUAGAGAUAAGAUAGAGAAGAAAAGCAUCUUUCCACACUGGAUGUCAGUGUCAGAUAUGUAUCCUGUAUGUAUUCGCUUCAAGCUUCAUGUUUAGUGAAAUAUUAAAGCGUCAGAUUUUAAAGCUGCAGUAAGUGAUUUUGACCACCAGAGGGAAAUACAAACACAUGGAAAUGAGUCCCAAAAUACUGAUGUAACGUUUAAUAAUUUACCUGUUUCUUCUUCCAUGUUCAUGUCACAUGGGAUGGCAGGUGGCAAAGUAAAAGGUUACCGUGGUUACAGCUGUUCUCAUGCUCCAUUACAACGCAACAUGGCGUCUGCCAGAGUUCCUAAUAAGGAGAGACAAGUUCUCAACAAGUUAACAUGUUUAUUUAUACAGAACAUUUUAUACACAAAACUACAACCAAGUAUCAGGGCCACUGUUAGGAAAACAUAUCUGAGCACAAAGUCGGAAUAUUUUGAGAAUAAAGUUGGAAUAUUACAAAAAAGUCAUAUUUUGAGAAAAUAUUUGUAAUAAUUUUCUUGUAAUAUCAUGUCUGUAAUACUACAAGAAAUGACAGAGAGAAAAGUCAGUGGCCUGAUAAUGUCAUACUAUGACUUCUUCUUGUAAAGUUUUUUCUAGAAAUGACUAGAAGUGCUUUAGAUAGAAUACAUUAAAUAAGACUUAAUAACACUAAAGAAAAAAGAAAAGAUACAUUUUAAAAAGACAAAUGAACAGCAAAGAGUUGAGGAUGCGUUUGAUCGGCAGAUGAGGCAUUCCUGAUCUAAACAGCAUUAAAGGAACAGUCCAACAGUAUCUGACCUCCCUGCAACAGUGAGAGCUCUUAAACGCCUCCUGAGCCGGUCAGUAAACACAACACAAACAAAUCUACAUUCAUUUCAAUUUUAUUUUAGAAAAAAAGUAACAACAGUUUGACACUUUGACUUGCAGUUUGCAUGUCAGGCACAAAUGACAGCAUGGAAGGUCAUUGAAAAUAUCCUGGAAAAUGAUUUCUUGAAGAACUUCUCAUUAUCAGACGUGUAAACAUGUGAACAUGUCUGAUAGCUUUAUGUUACUGAAUGUACAGAUGGAGGAGAUGUUCACAAAUAUAUACCUUACUAUAACAUAUAUAAUAUAAACUGACAGUGAGGGCAGAUUGUCCAGCUGCCUCCUGAUUGGCCGAUGCACCUGUAGAUAGAAGCUUUACUGUGUUUAAUGUCAGUAGGAAAUAUCAGUGAGAGGUUUGAGUGUGUUAAUACAGCAACAGAAAUAUAUUCAUAGUCCAAACUGUCCCAGAAGUCUUAGAGAAACAGUCAGUCUGCAGCAGGAUGUGAUGAAAACAGCAAUAAAACGUUUUCUCUCUUCAUGUCUGCUUAUCUGCAGUAAAAGAAACCAAUGAUGUCAUGUAUAAAUGAACUGUCAAAUAAACAAAUGAACAUGU